AUGGCUUCAACAAAUCGGCCGCUUCGAGAUGGAUCCCUGUCUGCAGCUGGCAGCACUUCACCUGUCCUUCAGCAGCAGGGCCCGAGCGAAAGCGCGGAGUCCUUUCACAUGCUGGAUCGUCUGGACAGCCCGCAGUUGACAUUGCACGAGUUUCACAAAUUUCAGCAGUCACCAGUACUCGCAGCUUCACCAGAGCUCGAGUCUCGGCGCAUUCGAAGGAAGCCAUCUGCUGUGAAUCUUGCAACGGCUCAUGCACGAUACACGGACCCUGCAGCAUGCUGUUUUGAUGAUCCGUGGACGCCAAGCUUGAUUUUGCCACGGUCGCCGGCGUCCGCUUCACUUCGUGACUUCUCGCCCGCUUCCUCCCACCACCGACCUCUCACACCGCGUCCGAGGACUUACACCGCCUCUCCUUCUUUGUCUUCCACUGUCGACACAUUGCAAUCUUCGCCUUUCCAGACACCUCUUCAUCAAGGUUGCUCACGCGUCGAGCACGAGGAGGAAGACAGGAGUGACUUCGGUGAACCCAUUCGGACGAAACGUAAGUUUGACUCGUUGAAGCGUGCAAAGCGUCUUCCCCGCCAAACAGGCGGCGGCAGCAGCGGCUCUGGUGGAUCAGGAGAAUUGUGGGAAGUUUACGCAGCUGUAUUUGAGAUUGAGGACGUGGGACCUGCUGUGGUGGAGGAGGAUUUGAAGAAGGUGAAGUCCGUCAGGUUUGAUACGGGCACUGGGAACAUCUCGGAGGCACUUGCGGAGGACUCGCAGAAUACAAGAGAAGAACAUCCGACCUCAGCGACCUCGCUGUCAAGAAUUGACUGGCCCCUGCCGCCAUCUCACUACAAUUGGCAAGGCACGUUUGGUCACUUGGAUACAGCAACUCCGCCCUCUACGCCAGCUACCGUCUUGUAUAGAGGAGCGAGUUUUGACGUGUUGAACCCGCACGCGUCGCUCAUUCUCGGAGCACGCAGCCUCGAGACGCCAGCCGAGAUCGAAGGGCUUCUGGACAGCUACUUCCACGACACCGACGCAAGCAUGCAACCUGAUCAGACUCACGACGAGCCUCCUUCGGGUGUCUCGGGCGUACCCAGCGAGCACUCACGUCGUGUACUGUACGAUAAUGCCACUGACGCUCGUCGUAAGAUCCUGCACAUGAGUGACCACGACAAGGGCCAAGUCACUACUCCUCCAAGAGCUUUGCUAGGUGCCAGCGCAGCCCGCAAAGGAGAGAGACCAUUUUCUGACCCUUUCGAUCUGACACUCAGCGACUCUGAUAGUCACAGCACCCUGAUGACCAUCAACCACGUUCUCAAGGAAGGCCGUCGUCAGGACGUGACGCCUCCCGCACGCAUGCAGCCACUGGGUCUGGGCAUCACAGACUCUGAUGAAACUCAUGCGUAUGUAACCAAUUCCCGCCGUUCCCGUUUAAAGAGUACACUUACGAGAUAUUUCUCCAAGCAGGACGUCCGAGCAAACUACAGAUUCGACGAUCAAGGCCAUACUCGAAGACUACGAAUACACCAGGGCGCCGUUGUCCCAGCCUGA